GACCGGUCCACGCCAAGAUGGCGGCGCCCAUCGGGGUUAAGUCCGUUCGCCCUGCGUUCGGGCCGGGGCGGGGGUCUGGGCUUUAGGCUGAGAAAAAUUCCACAAUGUUUGGGGACCUAUUUGAAGAGGAUUAUUCCAGUGUGUCUAAUAAUCACUAUGGAAAAGGGAAGAACUUAAAGACUAAAACUUUGGAGCCACCUGCUCCUAGAGAAUUCACCAAUUUAAGUGGAAUCAGAAAUCAGGGUGGAACCUGUUACCUCAAUUCCCUUCUUCAGACUCUUCAUUUCACACCUGAAUUCAGAGAAGCUUUAUUUUCUCUUGGUCCGGAAGAGCUUGGUUCCUUAGAAGAUAAGGAUAAACCUGAUGCAAAGGUUCGAAUCAUACCUUUACAGUUGCAGCGCUUGUUUGCUCAGCUUCUGCUCUUAGACCAGGAAGCUGCAUCCACAACAGACCUCACUGACAGCUUUGGGUGGACCAGCAAUGAGGAAAUGAGGCAACAUGAUGUGCAGGAACUGAAUCGAAUUCUCUUCAGUGCUUUAGAAACCUCCUUGGUUGGGACGUCUGGCCAUGACCUCAUCAAUCGUCUGUACCAUGGAACGGUGGUUAACCAGAUUGUGUGUAAAGAAUGUGAAAACAUCAGUGAGAAGCAGGAAGACUUCUUAGAUCUAACGGUAGCAGUCAAAAACGUGUCUAGUUUGGAAGAUGCCCUCUGGAACAUGUAUGUGGAGGAGGAAGUCUUUGACUAUGACAACUUGUACCACUGUGGAACUUGUGACCGACUGGUUAAGGCAGCCAAGUCAGCCAAAUUGCGCAAGCUGCCACCCUUUCUUACUAUUUCAUUACUGAGAUUCAAUUUUGAUUUUGUGAAGUGUGAACGCUACAAGGACACUAGUUGUUAUACCUUCCCUCUGCGGAUCAAUCUCAAGCCUUUUUGUGAACAGAGUGAAUUAGAUGACUCAGGAUAUAUGUACGACCUCUUCUCUGUCAUUAUCCACAAAGGCGGCUGCUAUGGGGGGCACUACCAUGUCUACAUUAAGGAUGUUGACCAUCUGGGGAACUGGCAAUUUCAAGAAGAAAAGCGUAAGCCAGAUGUGAACUUGGAAGCUCUCCCAAAUGAAGAAGAGACUGAUGAUCCACUGAUGAUCCUAAAAGCCAUCUUCUUACAGGAAAAGAGCAGUCUAAUAUCUGUUGAUCAACUGGGACAAAAACUCUUGAAAAAGACAGGAAUAUCAUGGAACAAGAAGUACAGAAGACAACAUGGACCACUGCGAAAGUUCUUACAGCUCCAUUCUCAGAUAUUUCUGCUCAGCUCAGAUGAAAGUACAGUUAGUCUCCUGAAGAAUGGUUCUCUCCAGGCUGAGUCUGAUUUCCAAAGAAAUGAUCACCAGACUUCUAAAUGCCCGGGAUUAAAUGGAAGCCCCACUUGCCCCCACUGGUUUGAUAUCAAUGAUUCCAAAGUGCAGCCAAUUGAGGAGAAGGAUAUUGCGCAGCAGUUUCAGGGGAAGGAAAGUGCCUACAUGCUGUUUUACCGGAAGUCCCAGUUGCAGAGGCCCCCUGAAGCUCGAGCUAACCCAAGAUACAGGGUUCCAUGCCACUUGCUGAAGGAAAUGGAUGCAGCCAACACUGAACUGCAAAUGAAAAGAACAGAGUGUGAUUCUGCGAACAAUAAUUUUGAAUUGCAUCUCCACCUGGGCCCUCACUAUCGUUUCUGUAAUGGGGCGCUGCACCCGGGAACCUCACAGGCAGAGAGUGUGUGGGAUUUGACUUUUGAUAAAAGAAAAACUUUAGGAGAUCUCCGACAGUCGAUAUUUCAGCUGCUGCAGUUUUGGGAAGGAGACAUGGUUCUCAGUGUGGCAAAGUGCGUGCCAGCGGGACUUCACAUUUACCAGACCCUGGAUGGAGAUGAACUGACACUGUGUGAAGCUGAAAUUGCUGAUGGAGAAGACAUCUUUGUUUGGAAUGGAGUGGAGGUUGGCGGAGUCCAGAUCCAGACUGGUGUGGACUGUGAGCCUCUACUGAUCCAUGUUCUUCAUGUGGAGACAAGUGCAGAAGGAGAGACGCAGGGGCAGUUGGUGGAGACCCCACAUGUCUUCCCGGCAAAUGCGGAAAUGCGGACUGUGUUCACUACCUUGGCCAUGCCAGUCGGCAUCAUCCUGGUAAACCUUGCCGAGCCUGGCGGGGACGAGUGGACUCCCAUUCCCCAGAAAGACUUGAAGAAGACAUUCCGAGAGCAGGGGCUCAGAAACGGAAGCUCGCUUUUACUUCAGCAUUCCCACAGUGCCAAUAACAGAAAAACUGGCCUGAACGAGGCCAAAAAAGGAAGCAACCUAAAACAAAAUGGUUUAGAUAGGAACUGUAGUAGCUUGGGUCUUAAUUCCACGUAUUCUUUGGGGCCUGAUGCCUCGGUGGUGUUUGAUAUUCGAAUUAAAGCCAUAAAGGAAUUAAAAUUAAUGGAGGAAUUAGCUGAGAACAGUUGUUUGAGACCUGUUGACAGAAAUGGAAAGCUUCUUUGUCCAGUGCCGGACAGCGCUACCCUGAAGGAGGCGGAGGUGAGGCUGGGGAGCACUCUGGCACUGUGUCUUGGAAAAGCACCAACUUCCUCUCAGCUGUUCCUGUUUUUUGCUCUGGGGACUGACCUUCAACCAGGCGUAGAAUUGGAGGUCAUAGUAGAGGAAACACUGUCUGUGAGAGAUUGUUUAAAGAUAAUGCUGAAGAAAUCUGGUCUGUCAGGGGGUGCGUGGCAUUUACGGAAAAUGGACUGGUGCUACGAAGCUGGGGAGCCUCUAUGUGAAGAGGAUGCAACACUGAAAGAACUUAGGAUAUGCUCUGGAGAUACUUUGCUUUUAAUGAAAGGAAAACUGCCCCCUCUGGGAUUCCUGAAGGUGCCCAUCUGGUGGUACCAGCCUUGGGGGCCAUCAGGACACCAGGAGAGUCGGUACCAGCCUAACUGCGCCCCUUCUCAAGGCAGCAGCUGGAGAGUUGCUUCCAGCCAAGGUGAGGACACAGUGAUCGUCAUUCCCUACAGAGUUGGAGGCAGCCCUAAAACCCGGCUCCGGCCGCGGCCGGCCGAGCCCACGCGCGCCUGCCGUGACGGGUUCCGAACCGGGCGCUGCGGCCCGCCGCCCGCCGGGCCCGCGUCCAUCUCCAUCUCCGAGGGGCAUCGUGGAGCGUUGCGCUGCGUGCGCCACGGCGUCCGUGGGAGAAGCCGCCACCUCCCGGGCCCUGGACGCUGGACGGAAGCGGCCCGCUCUUGGCCCCGGGCGGCUGCGCUCCCUGAGAACGAGCAGCGGCGCCCCGGAGAUCAGGACGCCCUGGCUCUUGCCAUGGCCUUGCCUUUUGCCUCAGAGCUGGCCUUCUGGCCCCCAGCCUUCCUCAGAGCCUGGACGGUGGAGAGCAAGCGCCCCCGCAGGCUGCUCCGCGCGGACAGACAGCAGCUCAGGGAAUAUAAACUAGGACGGAAAGCUGAGAUAUGCCUGGAAGCUCUUGAGAAGGAAGAAAGCUUGGGCCCCCAGGACAUGCUGCUGAGGACGCAGCUGCGCAUCCCCGGCGAGAGGGCCUACGCGCGGGCCCUGGACUUGGUGUGGGACGCGGCGCGAGGCUGCACCGCGGGCUCCCUCAGGCAGAGAGUGGCCGAUUUCUAUUCGCUGCCUGUAGAGAAAAUUGAAAUUGCCAAAUACUGCCCUGAAAAAUUUGAGUGGCUUCCCAUAUCUAGCUGGAAUCAGCAAAUUGCCAAAAGGAAAAAGAAGAAAAAGCAAGACAAUUUGCAAGGGGCACCAUAUUACCUGAAAGAUGGAGACAUUAUUGGCGUUAAGAACCUCCUGGUGGAGGAGGACGAUGAGGACUUCAGUACCGUCAGCGACGACCUCGGGAAGGAGAGGCAGAAGCAGCUGGCGCUGGGGAAGAAGAAGAGCCGCGAAGCCCUCCGUGCACACAGCAGCGACCUCUUCUCCAGCGCAGGGACGCCUGCCCAGCCUCGAGGACCAGAAGCUUCUCUGUCCAUCCACGUUGGGAGCUUCCGAUAGGCCUGGCAGAGGACGCUCCCGGCAUGCCCAGCACCGCGCUGCGGCUCCAGCUGUUCUGCCAGUCCCGUGACGCGCUGUGGGGUGGGUCCGGCACCCCAGUUCUGUGCUGCCCUGGAGGGUGGAGUGCCCUCCUCAGGCCGGGCCAGUGCUUGUCAUCCUUCGGAUCUUCAGUACACACGGCCCACGCAGGUGCCAACCUCCCCAUGCCCACCCGUGGCCUUUCCCAGAACAGUGGCUGUGUGUCAACCACAGGUGAGACCGCAGUGUGGGUUGCUGUGUAAACCAUGCGUGUCCAGUCACAUUCGCUGCGGGGCCGGCGGUUGAUGAGCUGCUGCAAGGCAGCCAAGCUCCCCAUUCAUGCACAGCUUCCCCUGGGCCGGGCUUGCGUGGCAGCCCUCCAGAGUGGCCCUGCUGAGAAGCAAGGGCCAGCUGUGGCCCCUGCCACUCGGGGCUGGUGACAGAAGCCAGGUGGUAGACAGGGCCAUCACAGGCCGCUGGACAGACGCUCCGAGUUGGUGUUGAUUCAGCCCAGACAGCCGUGCGG